AUGUCUGAGCUUGUUAAUAAAUUUCAAAAUCUUUCUCUUGAGAAACCUGAACUUUCCAAGGAACAACAGGCGUUUGCUGCUCAAUGGGAAUCAGUUUUAAAGACUGGACGUACCCAAGAACAAUUGGGUGAAUUGAACCUACAAUUAAGGGAUAACACCUUUGCUUUGGCAACUUAUCAACCAACUUUGAUCGAUGUUCAACUUUUUGAAGUAGUUUUCCCUCUAAUUAAAGAAUCGAUCUUCAGUAGUAAAGACGUGAAGGGCAACUAUGCCAAGCAAAGACAUGUGUUGAGAUGGUUAGAUUACCUACAAAGAUUGCUACAAAUUCCUGAGGAUGAUCAAUUGAAGUUGAACUACGAUCUAGAGUUACCCCGUGAAGUUAUUGAAAAGAAGAAGAAGACUGAUGCUAAGGCCCCAGCAGCAGGUGCAUCCGAAAAGAAGGAUGAUAAGAAGAAUGCUGAUAAAGAGAAUAAACCAAAGGGUAAGCCUGAUGAAGAAACCCUAAAGAAACUUAGAGAGGAGGCUAAGGCCAAGAAGGAAGCUAAGAAGGCAGCUGCAGCCAAACAACCACAACAAAACCAAGCACAAGCUUCUGAAAAGCCUAAACCAUCUGUUGUUGACUUGCGUGUAGGAUUCAUUCAAAAAGCUGUUAAGCAUCCUGAUGCAGACGCUCUUUACGUCUCUACCAUUGAUUGUGGUGAUGAAGAAGGUCCAAGGACCAUUUGUUCCGGUUUGGUCAAACAUGUUAAAUUGGAAGACAUGCAACAACGUCAUGUGGUUGUGGUUUGUAAUUUGAAACCAGUUAACAUGAGAGGUAUCAAGUCCCAAGGUAUGGUUCUUUGUGGAUCCACUGAAACCAAAGUGGAAUUGGUUCAACCACCAGCAGGCUCUCAAGCAGGUGACAAAUUGUUCUUCGAAAACUACCAAUCUGAUGCUCCAAAGGCUCAAAUGAACCCAAAGAAGAAGAUUUGGGAACAAAUCCAACCCAACUUCACUACUACUUCCGAAUUGGAAGUCGCCUACAAGGAUGAAGAUGGUUCUAUAAAGAAAUUGACUAACGCCAAGGGUGAUUCUUUCAAAGUGGCUACUUUGGCUAAUGCCCACGUUAGUUAA